AUGGAGAGAGCCAAUCACGUCAACAUUGCAAUGAUGGAAGAUGUCGGCACCAACGGGACGGCCGGGUCAAAGGUCGUCGCAGCCGCGGACCAGAACAAGCAGCCGUGUGAAUCCACCGUGAGCUUCCACAACAUCCAGUACAAAGUGCAGCUGAAGAGUGGCUUCUUCUGCAAAAGGAAAACCAGUCCCAGGGAAAUACUGGCGGACCUCAAUGGGAUUAUGAGACCUGGCCUGAACGCUAUUCUUGGACCUACUGGAAGUGGAAAAUCUUCAUUCUUGGAUAUUCUGGCUGCAAGGAAGGAUCCUUCCGGUCUCUCAGGAGAAGUGCUCAUUGACGGAGCACCACAGCCUCCAAACUUCAAGUGCCUCUCUGGCUAUGUGGUUCAGGAGGACGUGGUUAUGGGCACCCUGACUGUGAGGGAGAAUCUGCGUUUUUCUGCAGCUCUGCGGCUGCCCAGCUCUGUGCCACAGAGUGAGAAGGAGGCUCGAGUCAAUCACCUCAUCAAAGAACUGGGUCUCACCAAAGUGGCCGACUCCAAGGUGGGCACACAGAUGACCCGGGGAAUCUCAGGCGGAGAGAGGAAGAGGACGAACAUCGGCAUGGAGCUGAUUAUUGAUCCCUCAGUUCUCUUCCUGGAUGAACCGACCACAGGACUGGAUGCCAGCACUGCCAACUCUGUCUUGCUGUUGUUGAAAAGAAUGGCCAGUCACGGAAGAACCAUAAUUAUGUCCAUCCACCAACCUCGCUACUCCAUCUACAGACUGUUUGACACUCUGACCUUGCUGGUUAGUGGCAAAAUGGUGUACCACGGACCAGCGCCGAAUGCUUUGGACUACUUCGCCAACAUCGGCUAUCCAUGUGAGCCCCACAACAACCCAGCUGACUUCUUCCUGGAUGUUAUUAAUGGAGACUUCACUGCUACAACCAUGACCAAAGUGCACGGCUCUGAAGAUUUGGACUUUGAGGAGCUCAGCAGCUCCAGGCAGAGCAUCGAGGAGCGCCUGAUAGAGGAGUACAGGAACUGCAGCUACUCCAGCGACACGCGGGCCGAGCUGGACCGCAUCGUCCAGGAUAAGGAGUGUAUCUCUCGUCCGAAAUCCCGCACCAUCACCUACAACAGCUCCUUCUUCCACCAGCUACGUUGGGUGCUGAAAAGAACUUUCCUGAACCUCAUGUUAAACCCACAAACAUCUGUUGCCCAGCUGGGAGUCCACAUUUUCCUCGCUCUCAUCGUAGGCGCCAUUUUCUUCGGGGUCAAAGAUGAUCAGAGUGGUAUCCAGAACAGGAUGGGCGCCCUCUUCUUCAUCACCACCAACCAGUGUUUCAGCACUGUGUCUGCAGCUGAGCUCUUCAUCAUUGAGAGGAAACUGUUUGUGCAUGAGUACAUCAGUGGCUACUACAGAGUGUCCGUCUACUUCCUCUCAAAGAUCCUGUCUGACAUCACUCUGCGCACAAUCACCUCUGUUAUCUUCAGCUGUAUUGUCUAUUUUAUGAUCGGGCUCAAGUCCACAGUGGCGGCCUUUUUCGUCUUCACGCUGACAGUGACUCUGGUGGCCUAUACAGCCACAGCCAUGACCAUGGCCAUCUCAGCCGACCAGAGCGUCGUGGCUCUCGCCAACAUUUUCAUGACCAUCACCUUUGUCUUCAUGAUGAUUUUCUCCGGUCUGCUGGUGAACCUACCCAGUAUCAUGGAUUGGCUGGCUUGGCUGAAGUACUUCAGCAUUCCUCGCUACGGCCUCGCAGCCUUGAAGAUCAAUGAGUUUGUGGGUUUGAAGUUCUGCGAGCAGCCUGUGAUCCGAAAUGCCAACACGUCGGCUAUAAUGACCAACUGCGGUGUGAGCACAGCUGGCCUGACAUGUACAGGAGAGCAGUAUCUGGACUACCUGGGUAUAGAGUACACCACCUGGGGACUUUGGGAGAACCAUGUGGCUUUGACUGUUAUGUCGAUCCUUUUCCUCAUCAUCGCCUACCUGAAACUCCGGUACAUCCAGAAGUUCACUUGAAUGCUUCAUUCUGAAUUCUUCGUUUUUGUCUUUGAGCAACCAGGCCAGUAAAUGUGCACAACGAUGUCAGGGGACAAAUAACGCCAUUUUGGGAGAAACGCUCGGUUGCUUCUUGCAUAGAGUUAGAUCUGAUACCACUCAUGCCUGUACGUGAAUGUGGAGCUAGGAUUAGCUUAGUUUAGCACAAAGACUGGAAGCAAGGGGAAGCAGCUAGCCUGGCUCUCUCCAAGGUUCAAAAAUAUAUCUACCAGCUCUAAAGCUCACUAAUUAAAAUGUUGUAUUUUGUUUGUUUUACUGAUACGA